CAUUAAAACAUAGUAAUAAUUCAAUCCAUCAAACCAAAGAGACGAAUAUACCAACAAAACGCUCUGAGCUCGUUGGACACUCAGAAAUGAUCCGACUGUUUCAUGCACUGCUCUUCUUGUCCUUGAAGUUGAAGGCCGAAGCCAACUGCAAAACUGGCUGCGACCUUGCCUUAGCCUCCUACAAUGUAUGGGCGGGAGUAAAUCUCACUUAUAUCAGCAACCUCUUUAGCAAAAGCAUCACCGAAAUCCUCCCUUACAAUCCCCAUGUCCCAAACCAAGACAGCAUCCUCACAGAUACGAGAAUCAACGUACCCUUUUCAUGCGACUGCUUAAAUGGUGAUUUCUUAGGCCACACCUUCACUUACAAUACACAACCUGGUGAUACAUACAAUAAAAUUGCAACAAUUGCUUUUGCCAACCUCACCACCGAGGAUUGGGUUCACAGGGUCAACAUCUAUGACCCUACGAGGAUCCCUGACCAUGCUAGUAUUAAUGUCACAGUCAAUUGCUCGUGCGGAGAUAAGCGUGUAUCAAAGAAUUAUGGGUUGUUCACCACAUACCCACUUCGGCCCGGAGAGAAUUUGUCGUUCGGUUUACCGGCAGACUUGCUGCAGAGGUACAACCCCGGGAUGAAUUUUAGUGCAGGGACUGGAAUCAUUUACGUGCCGGCAAAAGAUUCAACUGGAAAUUACCCUCCAUUAAAAAUAAGUGCAGCCGCAGGAAUUUCGAGCAGAGUUAUUGCUGGUAUAUCUAUUGCAGGAGUUGCUGGGGCUCUACUCUUUGCAUCUUUUAUAUAUUUCAGGUUUUAUAAGAAAAACAAGGUGCACAAAUCGUUACUCUCAGAAACAACUGAACACCACUAUUCUCAACAUGGCCGAGGUAUUACAGUGGACAAAUCUGUGGAGUUCUCAUAUGAAGAACUUGCUAAGGCUACUCAUGACUUUAGCAUGGCCAAUAAAAUUGGACAAGGUGGUUUUGGAUCAGUUUACUAUGCUGAACUAAGAGGCGAGAAAGCUGCAAUAAAGAAGAUGGAUAUGCAAGCAUCUAAGGAGUUUCUUGCUGAACUGAAAGUUCUAACACAUGUUCAUCACUUGAACCUGGUGCGUUUAAUAGGCUAUUGCGUUGAAAGUUCCUUGUUUUUGGUCUAUGAGUUCAUCGAGAAUGGUAAUUUGAGUCAGCAUUUGCGUGGCUCAGAGAGGGAUCCAUUGCCAUGGGUGACCAGGGUGCAAAUUGCUUUAGAUUCAGCUAGAGGACUUGAAUAUAUCCAUGAGCAUACUGUUCCUGUAUAUAUCCACCGUGACGUCAAAUCUGCCAACAUUUUAAUAGACAAGAACUUUCGUGGAAAGGUUGCAGAUUUUGGGUUAACAAAGCUGACAGAAUAUGGUAGUGCUUCAGUGCACACACGUCUUGUGGGUACAUUUGGAUACAUGCCUCCAGAGUAUGCUCAAUACGGUGAUGUUUCCCCCAAAAUUGAUGUGUAUGCUUUUGGCGUUGUGCUUUAUGAACUUAUAUCUGCCAAGGAAGCUGUUGUUAAGACAAACGAAAUUGUUACCGAGUCCAAAGGCCUAGUUGCUUUGUUUGAGGAUGUUCUGAUUGAGCCAGAUCCAAAAGAAGAUAUCCGGGAACUCGUUGAUCCCAGGCUUGGAGAUAGCUACCCACUUGACUCGGUUUGUAAGAUGGCACAGUUGGCUAAAGCUUGCACACAAGAAAAUCCUCAGCUAAGGCCGAGCAUGAGAUCAAUUGUGGUAGCACUUAUGACUCUUUCGUCUUCAACGGAGGAUUGGGAUGUAGGUUCUUUAUAUGAAAAUCAAGCUCUUGUCAAUCUAAUGUCAGGAAGGUAGCUUGUGGAUUCCAGUGUUUGUUAACACAUGCAAGUGAAUUUCAAAAUCCUUGGCUGUGUUGUAAACACUUGUAACUAAAUGCAGUACAGUAGGAUAAUAUUGCACUUAUUUUUGCUAAAAGUGGUUAUUAUAUUAUGCUUUUAAAGCAAAUAGAAGCGAUGCUAUUUCUCUCAUUCUCUAAAA